AUGGACGACCCUCACCAAGUGGCCAACGCCCUUCAAGUCGGGCUUUUCGUUAUUGCGGUGACCGAGACCAUGUCGACAGUUUGCAUUCGUGCGUGGCGAUACUACGAAGGACUCCAGAGACAGUCCCUCUUUCCGAUUGAAAUGGAAAUGGAAUUUCUCACUGCGUUCCUAUUCCUCUUUACCAUCGCCACUACGGUUAGCCUCUGCUUCUUUCUCCUGCAGAGCGGUCUAACCGGGCUGUACAUAAUCAGCAUCACCAACCUCUGCGGCUCUGUCAGUCUAAAUAUCUUUGAGUGCUUCUAUACGGAGGCUCUCGAGCGGGAAAGAGCCAGAGCUCUCGCAGCAGAGGCAGAAAGAGCCGGAGCUCUCGGAAGGGAGAGAGGUCCAGCCAUCGCAGAGGAAGAAAGAGCCAGAGUUGUCGCAGAGGAAGAAAGUGUUAGAGCCGUCGCAGAGGAAGAAAGUGUUAGAGCCGUCGCAGAGGAAGAAAGCUCUAAAGCCGUCGCAGAGCAAGACAGAGCCAGAGCUCUCGCCGAGGAAGAAAGCGUCCGAGUUCUCCACGCAGAAAGCGUUGCCUUGCCGCCCUAUAGUGACGGAGAAGCCCGGAAUACAUCUGAAGGAGGCAAGGCAGCACAUGCGCCGCUCUAG